AUGUCAAAUUUACAACCUACAGGUCAGUCACAACAAGUUCAAGUUAAAACUAAUGCUCAAACAUCUCCAUUAGCUAUUAAUGUUGCGAGAUAUUUAUAUCAAAAUCCAAUUUUAAAACAAAGAACGGGUUUAUUGAAUGGUGAAACUGAUUUAGAUUUCUUUAGAUAUAAAAGAUUUGAAAGAGCAUUAUUAAGUCAAGAUUAUAAAACUAAACAAGUAAAUCCAAAAAAUGGCUUACCUCCAAUUAAAGAUCAAAUUGAAGUACAAAAAAUAUUUGUAAUGUUAAUUCAAAAUCAGUUAAUUUUACCAAUUAAUAAAUUACUUUAUAAUGAAAUUAAACAAGAAGGUUGGAAACCAAAUAAAGAAAAACCAACAUUAAAAAAAAGUGACAAGGCUGUUCUUGAACCUAAUUAUUAUUAUGGUUGGUUAUAUUCAAAACCAAAUCCUUUUAUUUUAUUAUAUUCAUUUUUGGCAAUUGCUGGAGUUUUUACAAUCAUUUUGUUUCCAUUAUGGCCCACAUUUAUGAAAACUGGUGUUUGGUAUUUAUCAAUGGGUGCUUUAGGAUUAAUUGGUUUAUUCUUUUUAACUGCUAUAAUAAGAUUAAUUAUAUAUAUCAUUUCAUUAGUUGCAUUUCCCUAUCCAUUUUGGUUAUUUCCAAAUUUAUUUGCUGAUUGUGGAGUUAUUGAAAGUUUUAAACCAUUAUAUGGAUGGGAAAAGCCAAAGAAAAAGAAGGGAAAGAAACAAGUUACAACCAAUGAAACUACGAAUGAAAGUGGUAAAUCUACUAGUAUACAAUCCAAUGGCUCAACUGUUAAUAAAAGAAAAGUAACAUUAGAAGAAGUUGAAGAAUAG